AUGCAGCUUCACCCCCGUCACUUCGGCCGUGAUCUACGUGACAAGCUUGUGGCAAAGCUCGUGAAAGAUGUUGAGGGAACUUGCAGUGGUCGUCAUGGGUUCAUUGUGGCUAUAACUGGUAUUGACAGUGUUGGGAAAGGGUUAAUUCGUGAUGGAACAGGAUUUGUUACCUUUCCAGUUAAGUAUCAGUGUGUCGUAUUUCGACCGUUUAAAGGGGAGAUUCUGGAAGCGGUUGUUACAAUGGUUAACAAGAUGGGAUUUUUCGCUGAAGCAGGACCAGUCCAAAUUUUUGUAUCUAAUCAUCUGAUACCUGAUGAUAUGGAGUUCCAAUCUGGAGAUAUGCCUAACUACACAACAUCAGAUGGAUCUGUCAAAAUUCAGAAAGAAAGUGAAGUUAGACUGAAAAUAAUUGGAACGCGCGUGGAUGCAACAGAAAUUUUCUGCAUUGGUACCAUAAAAGAUAACUUUCUUGGUGUUAUUAGUGAUCCAGGCGCAACUUCUUGA